AUCACUUGUGGUAAAUUGCUGACCUUAAACUAACUUCGAUCUAGCUAGUUAAUUUAGCAAGUUAUCCUAAAUCCCUGAUUCUCCUGGGGACCCAUGCACAUGCUUUUGUUACAAUCGCUUGUUAAAUUAAGGUUGUUGAGCACACGUGUUUAAAUCAUUUCAUAGGCUGUUGUUUACCCAAUACUGGAUUGGCUCGUUACACUUCACUAUUAUGAGCGUAUUGAUUCAUCUCUGUCUUUAAGUUGUUCAAUUAGAAAUGUUUUGCCUCCUUUUGUAUAGCUAAUAGUUUGCUAUAUAGCCACGUGGAGAUCUAGCGUUCAUAGAACCCACAGCUAUUUGUGACACAAUGUGGCUUAAAUGGGUAAUAAUCCUUGAAAUCAUGAAAAGCACUUACAUUAACAACUUGUUAAUUCUGGGAUUGCAAUUGUGGUUCGAACUAAAUCCAGCACGGAGUUUGAGAACCACAGUCCCACCUAAAUCAAAGAUGUGCUGAAAGGAGCUAAUGCUAUCUUAAAUAUUCCAUAUCUGGCUACGUUUCCUGAAGGUUACUAUUCGGGAAGAGACAGGUCAAAGUAACAUUACAGAAUAGCUUGUACCGCCAGUACGACAAUCGUUAUUAUUUGAGCUAAUAUGAGGAACAUGUAUUGGGAAGCACUGUGAUGAAUUUUCAUGUAAAUCGAAUGCUAUGGGAGCAAAACAGAGGUAGAAACGGCUUUUGGGGGUGGAGAGAUUGGGGAUGAUAUCUUCCCCUCCCGCCUUGCACCCCCAAAUUGUUUGCCCGAUGGAAGGAGAUGCCGAGGUUCCCAUUCGCGUUUGCAUCCCCUCUCAGAGCACGCCCCAGCCUUGCCCCCACUCCCUGUCUUCUGUCACAUGCAGGAACAGAUACGAUGGUAGGGCAGGGAAAGAAAGGAACCGAAGGACCGGACGCAUGCAGGUCACCAAAGAACGAGAAGGAGAGAAUGGAGAGAGUGUGCCAAGGAAAAGCAGACAGACCUCUUGUGCAAAGAGAGAGAGGAGUGUUAAAACAGAACGAUGUUCCGGAGCGGAAACUGGGAGAGAAAUGACAAAGAAGAAAACCAGAAGGGGCCACCAGGGUACAGGGAAGCUGACCCCUCCCACACUCUGCAUAGAGGAGAGCAGUACGGGGAUGCUGGAGCCUGACCUACAGCCCAGCCAAUUGGGAAUGGAAACAGGGUCUGGCCUACACCCUGGCCAAUCAGCAAUGGAAACAUUGUCUGAUGUACAGCCCAGCCAAUCAGCAAUGGAAACAGGGUCUGACCUACAAUCUUGCCAAUCGACAAUGGAAACGGGGCGUCACCUACAGAUCAGCCAAUCGGGAAUGGAAACAGGGCCUGACCUACAGACCAGCCAAUCAGCAGUAGAAACAGGGCCUGACCUACAGCCCAUCCAAUCGGUAAUCAAACCUGUUGAACCUCUUGAAAGCCCACCUACCGUGAAGAGAUGGGUGAUUGGUCCGUUGUUACAGUCAUUCAAGUCAAAGAUGGCCAGCUUCACGGAAAUAGUCAUGAGCCCAGUUCGACUUUUCAAACCCACCUGCCCCUCGGCACCCUCCGAUGCACUCUUGGACCUCCAGACCCUUUGCCCAGACAGUGUCACUGGCAGCAACUGCAACACUGAGAGCCACAAUGGACACUUUUCAGAAGAAAGUGCAGGGGAAAGCCAGGAUAUGCAAAGACAGUUGCAAACAAAGAGUAAAAGUGAAGGCAGCACUGAUUCAGGUUCACCUCGGGCUAAGGGACAGAUCGGUGGAGGACCAGAGGUGGGGGAACUGUCGGGGGAUCUUCAUCAGCCUCUAACCUCUUUGGCACAGGCAUGGAGCUCUGGCACAGAGAAAACGCAGCAUGUCAUCCACGAACACCCCUCUGUUCGGAAACUGAACUUUGAUACGGAAACCAAAGUCGGAGUCAGUUUUGAAGAGGAAGAAAGUCUUCAUGCAGAGAAACAUAAUUCCAACAUGAGUUCACAAACACAGAGGGUCUGUGCCGCGUUUCCUAGCAGCAAGGAAGAGAGUCUGAGGGAGUCUCCUCGCUCUGGGAAAUGUAGUCAACUUCCCAGAACUGAACUUCCUCUGGCUUUGGACCCAGUUGGUUCCCUAACCAGCCCGGACUCGCCUCCCUCAGGCUCCCCCAGAACCAGGCAUUGGUCCCGUUUGUGCUCAGAUACCUCAAAAGAACAUUUGACUGGUAAAAGGGCACACUUGGGACAGGCGUGCGCUAAAGCCCCCUCUCCGAGUAAGCCCUCUCCUGGUCGUCCACUCAAACGAUCAUCUUCAUCUGACCUAUUCACUCACAUUUCCCCUAAAAAGGCCCCACUUUCUUCAGAUGAGGCCUGUGAGGAAAAGUGCUCCAUACAAGGUACAUCACAACCUCCUGGUCUAGAGGAAAACGCCAGUGGCAGCUCAAGUGCUUUAAGCACGUCCUUUUACUUUACACAUCCUGUGUCUUUCGAAGCUAAGCGGGGUAGACAUAGGCAGCUGGGGGCAGAUGAAGAUGGCUCAUCUUUGACUAUCUGCCAGAGUACUGCAGCACAUGAAAUGCACAGAUCGCUGGAAGACUGUGGAGUUCCUCAAUUACCAAGCAGGACCCCUGUCACCACCACAUGCCCUCCUGGUCAAGUUUCAGUUCGGGUGCUGCCGGAUAAUCUGGAAGGAACUCCAGAGGGGGAUGGAGAACCCGAAAAGCAAGGUCUUGUGCAGAUUCCACCUCAAACCUUGGAGUCCCUACAGGCUCGGCCCUCACUGAGGGAGCCCCGUGAUGACCAUCACGGAGAGGGAGGGAUUGUGUUCUCAGAAGAAAGCCUGGGAGAACCACAGGCUUGCCCAGGAAGCAGCCCUGAGAUGCGUGAAAGAUUAAAAGUUGUAAGAGGCGGUAAACGAGGGAAGGGGAUGAGAAAGAAGAGAAGUGAUGAUAUGAAAGAGAGAGAGUUACUGAUAGUAACAGGUGGAGAAGCCAGGGAAGAGGUAAGAUCAGAGCAGAACAGUAGUAUUAGCAUAGGGACUUGUGUUUCCCAACUCUUAGACACAGACCCUCAUGGGUCCCUCAGUUCUAGGCGAGUAAUUAGAAAGAACAGUCAAGGCUCUUGUUUGAUGGAAGCAAAAGGAAGAGGAGGCCGGAGGAACAAUCUAAACGUAGAAAGUCCGUCCACAGAGAUUAUGCCAACUGUGGUGGGAUCAUCUCUGGAAUUUAAAGAUUGUAGCGCCAGUAACAGCAGCGCAGACUACGGUAUGACUGCGACUAGAGCAAAGAGUCGAGGUGAAAAUGGCUCAAGCUUCAAAACUAGAAAAUUGAGAAGUUCUGCGAUUGCCUUCGAGGAUAUUAGACGUUCUCCAAACCACUCAAGGUGUGACUCUACAACAUUAACCACUGAAACUGGAAGCAAAGAGGAGGAUGCUGCUGGAAUCAACAAAUCGGACAUUCAGCUUGAGGAUGCAAGACCUAAGUGCCUAAGGCGGGAACGUCAGCAUUACAGGCGUAGAAAGAGGGAACUUUCCCCAGGAAUGGAUAUGGAUCCGAUGCUGAAUGGGAAGUGUCUGGCUGUGCCAGAGGGGAUCCAAGGUGAUAUAAACAGAACUACUGUGUCAUCUGAAGUGCCCAAAGAGAGUGAGACAAGCCAAGAAAGUGAGCCUAGGACCAGGAGAAAACUUGGGAGACUAAGACACAAGCUAAGGAAUCAUGCCGACAAAGAGCUUAUUCAGGAGGAGAUGACUGUAGACAUGGAGCUGGAAAGGAAAGCGGCACUGUCAGAUGAGAGUCCCUGCGAUCUGGAGCCCCAAGAAGAUUCAGCAUCGGGGGAAACCAGCAUUCAACCUGGGGGGUCCUUGCCAGAGCAUGCUGACACUAGAUCCCAGGUUCAACCCAGAACGUGCACACUCAUGCAGGUCGGUAGGAAGAGAGGGGGCACCAGAGAGACAGGCAAGGAAGGAGAAACGGUACACGCGUCCUCUUCCUCCCAAACAACAAAUUCCAAGCACAAGCUUCCUGAAGCUGACGAUGAGGUGGAAUUGAAGUCUGUCAAGGUGCACAGGCUAAUCGACAAGGAAGUGCCAAAGGGGAGAAGGGGGAAGAAGUCGAAGCAAAGGGACGGGAUGAGAACGGCGGAAGACUCCCACAGAAGGAAAGGCAGAUCCUGCUUUAGAGGCAGGUGUGAGCGGAAGGAAGACCUCGCAGUCGAAGGUGAGCAGCUGAAGGAGACCGACUCGUUUGAAAAGCCAGAGUGCGAGCUACUGCGGAGGAGCUACUCUUGCCCGGAGAUCCCCUCCCUCCUGAAAGACGGCCGGCAUCGUCCCUCGCCUCUCCAUCACUGCCUCCCCGUUCCUCUGCCUCCCUCCUCAGCCAAACGCACUCGCAGGCACACGGUCUGCAGCCUGGAAGUGGAAAGAGAGAUCGCCCCCCUGUGUUUGCGUAAGGAGGUGUACCCCACCGGACGGGGAGGGCAGCACUACAACCCCGGCUCCCCUGCGUCCUCCACAUCCUUUACCGCUCUGGCCUCCUGCUUUCUCUCGAGUCCCCUGGCCUUCCUCUCCAGGAAGCAGGAGGGAAGCAGUUCGAGCAGCGGCAUCAGCGGUAGUAGCGCCUGUAGUUGUGAUGUCACCUUGUCCUCCUCCAGUGACGCCACCCCCUCCACUUCCUCCUCUGUUUCCUCCCUGAUCUGUCGCCUGCUCCCGGACUUCACUUCCUGUGCCCUCCCCAGAUCCAGCCAAUCCACUGCCUCCGUUUCUUCUUUUUGCAGUGUCUCCUCCCAGAUGCCAGUAGAUGGUGAGAUUGAGGGCAAGCAGGAGCAGCAGGAGGACCAGGAGGAGGAGGAGCAGGACGAGGAGGAGGGGAUCUGUUUCACUCCAGAGCAGGAAACCGUUGAGCCGCGGGAUGAAAAAUCCUUCUCGGACUCUGAAAUUAAGGCUGGCAGUGCGACACAAGCUGAGCGGGGCAAGGUUUCCCGCUUCAGAAUCCGCAAAACUCCCCCAAAACCGCCCACCAACCUCACGCCCAUGGGCCUCCCCCGUCCCGUCAGGCUGAAGAAGAAGGAUUUCAGCCUGGAGGAAAUCUACACCAACAAGAACUUCCACAAACCACCGGAAGGGCGGCUAGAAACUAUAUUUGAGGUUCCAACCAGCAAUUGCGAUGGAUCGCUGUCCCUGAUUGGCUCCCGGCGUUUUAAACGAUUGGUCAAGUUCCCGGAGCUGGGUGUGGCCCGGAAACCGAGGAAAGCUCUGGCAGGGGCGGGGAAAGGAACCUUCCGGAAGACCGGGGACAGUUCGGCGGUCGGCCGGACCCGGCGCAGAGGGACCCCGAAAGCUAAAGACGCACCGUCCCGCACCGCGGAGGAACUCGAUUCGCUGCUGUGUUCCAAGCUCGACCAAUUGGACGCCUGGAUGGCUCUCGACCAGGCGGCUCCGUGAGCCCGGGAGCCAAUCAAGAGUCCUCGAGUCCCAAACGAUGUUGUGUGCGUGUUGCGUGACCACCGGGCCGUGCUGUUUCUCAUUGGCCCGAGGGGGAGGGGCUCCCGGGCUGGGUGGGUUACUCUAGCGCUAGCACUGAACGAACAGGGUCUUUAAGCACUUUGGAUGUGGAUGACAGGGUCUGCACCUUUCUACCUGCCCGUCAUUUCAAAGCAGCACCUGCGGCUGCGGUGGAUUCUUUAAUCCCUGGGCAUCAUGUUCCGUCCGUUUCUUCAUUCUCUGUAAUUAAUUUCAUUUGAAUAACUUAAUUAAAUAUAAUGAUUUAAUUAUUGUGAUUUACUGUGUCCAUGGUAAUCAGAUCUUCUAUUAAAAUCUUAUAAAGA